AUGUCUCCAAAAGAUGAACCUUUAUACCUAGGAUUUGACCUCUCCACCCAACAACUAAAAGCAAUUGUGGUAUCAUCUUCCCUCAAAGUCCGAUACGAAGCUAAAGUCGACUUCGAUGCCGACCUCUCCAAAUAUGGCAUCAAAAAAGGUGUACAUGUCAAUGAAGUCGAAAGAGAGGUUUACGCACCGGUAGCCAUGUGGCUCGAAGCUGUUGAUUUAGUUCUCCAACGACUUUCGGAAAAAUCUUGUCCCUUUCACUUGAUCAAGGGAAUUUCAGGCUCAGGUCAACAACAUGGAAGUGUUUACUGGAGCCAAAAGGGCGAAGAAGUGUUGGGUGCUUUGGAGACGAAAAAAAGUUUGGUAGAGCAGUUAAAGGAUACGUUUGCGCAUCCGUGGAGUCCUAAUUGGCAAGAUGCGAGCACGCAAGAGGAAUGCGAUGCUUUUGAUCGGGAGUUGGGAAGUGAGGAGAAACUAGCAGAAGUUACGGGGAGCAAAGCUCAUCAUCGAUUCACGGGACCACAAAUCAUGCGUUUUCACAAAAAGUAUCCAGAGGUCUACCGCCGUACUUCUCGUAUAACCCUCGUCUCGUCUUUCCUGGCAUCUUUGUUCCUUGGGAAAGUUGCUCCCUUCGAUAUCAGUGAUGUUUGUGGCAUGGAUCUCUGGGACAUAAAAUCCGGAUCUUGGAGCGAGCCUCUUCUCACUCUUGCGGCUGGAUCUGAUGGUCUUGCUUCCUUGAAAUCCAAACUUGGAGAGGUACGAGAAGAUGGCGGCGGAAGCAUGGGCUCUAUAUCCUCUUACUUCACAUCUCGCUAUAACUUCCCCGCUGAUUGUGGAAUCGUUCCUUUCACCGGUGAUAAUCCAGCCACAAUCUUAGCUCUCCCUCUUCGCCCCAUGGACGCUAUCGUCUCCCUCGGAACAUCCACAACCUUCCUCAUGUCAACCCCCAACUACGUCCCAGACCCCGCUUACCACUUUUUUAACCACCCUACUACAGCCGGUCUCUACAUGUUCAUGCUCUGCUAUAAGAACGGAGGUCUCGCCCGCGAAAAAAUCAGAGAUGCUCUCCCGGCAUCCAAAACCUCAGAUCCAUGGUCCAACUUCAACCAAGCGGCCACAGAAACCCCACCUCUCGCUCAAAAAUCUCCUUCUGAUCCCGCAAAAUUGGCUCUCUAUUUUCCCCUCCCAGAAAUUGUGCCAAACGUCCGAGCCGGUACCUUCCGCUAUGAAUCCUCACCAAGCAGUACACUAAAUGAAGCCAAGACACCAUAUGAUCCAGAAACAGAUGCUCGUAUCAUUGUAGAAUCACAAAUCCUUUCUUUGCGUCUUCGUUCGCAGAAAUUAGUUACGUCACCUUCGAAAGAUAUACCGGCUCAGCCUCGUCGUAUCUAUCUCGUAGGUGGCGGCUCGCAUAAUCCGGCCAUUGCGAAGAUUGUGGGUGAGGUGUUGGGUGGAGUGGAGGGAGUAUGGAGAUUGGAUGUUGGAGGGAACGCGUGUGCCUUGGGCGGUGCUUACAAAGCCGUUUGGGGCGUAGAGCGAAGCGAGAAAGAAGGGGGAAAGAUUGGAAGUGGCAAUGAGGCAAAGUGGAAAGGGGAAAGUUUCGAGGAAUUGAUAGGAAGAAGGUGGAAAGAAGAGGGCGCUAUUGAGAAGAUAGAUGAGGGGUAUAGACCUGAGGUGUGGAAGCAAUAUGGGAGUGCUCUUGGAGCAUUCGAGGAGAUGGAGAAGGUAGUUCUGGAGGGCGAGGAGAGGUUCAAGAAGUGA